CGCGCCUUUUGUACGCUGCACUGUGGCAACUCUGUUCUUGUAUUUCUUUGCUGGCCAUUCAAAAGUGUGUGUUCAGUGUAAAGUGUAGGUGCAAAUUCAAAAUAAACUAAGAAUCCGGCCUCCAAAAUUCCAUAAACUGUCCAAAACGCACGCCCAGUGAGAAGAGAAUGCCCGUCGCAGAAGUGAAGAAAAGCGGCCGGGGCAGGAAGCCGGCGAACUCGGUGACCGCUUCCACAUCCGCCGCUGCCGCCUGGAGGCAGAAGGAAGCAGCUUCUGCCAUCGCCGCCGCAGCCUUUGCCACCCUCAGCGAGGAGGAGGACAUCGGGGCAGUGACGGUUGGCAAAGGCAGAGUUCGGCCGAUGGUCCAGGACGACGACAACGAGCACGAGGAGCCCGACAACGACAUAGAGGACGAGGGCAUCGUCGAAGAGGACGAUCUGGGCGACGAGGAGGAGGAGGAGGAGGAGCCGGACAGUAACGAGACCAGCGACUUGGAGGAACAGAUCGAGCCGCCGGCCUUCAGUCUGGCCACGUUGGGACUGCAGCGCGUGGGCACGGCUCCGCCGCCCAAGCCCAAGGUCCAGAAGGCGCCCAUCCUGACCCUGAAUGCGCGCGGAAUGCCGGCCAGGAUCCGGAAGCGCAACCGCCUCUUCUACGACGAGAACAUCAUCAACGACGACAAGCCGCUGCGCAUGAGCUUGGCGCCCAAGCGGAUGCCCGGCAGGCCGCCCCUUUCCGCUGGCGGGGGUUCGGUCCACAAGGCGCCGCUGACGCCCUCGAAGGUGCUGAAGAAGCGCAAGGGCGUCGUCUCCCGGUAUAUGCGCUCCAGCGACCAAGGCGACACCAACACGCUCUUCAAGGAGCAGCAGAUAAAGGGCAAGAAGACGCCCGGCAAGCAGGGUUCGGCCGGCAAGUACCUGUCUUCCGGCAAGGCGUCAGGCCAGGGCGGGCACAAGGGCCGCGGUAAUCCCGGCAAGGGAACGGCCGCUGCCGCUGCAGCCAUGGCCGCCGCCGAGGAGGCCGCCACCCAGGCGGAGGCCCAGGCGCUGGCCAACAAGCGGCUGGGCCAGUCCAUUGGACUGCGGCUGCGGAAUCUGCUGAAGCUGCCGAAGGCCCACAAGUGGGCCAUUGCCGAGUGGUUCUACUCGUACAUCGACAAGCCGCUCUUCGACUGCCGGGACGAGUUCAUGAACCACGUGAACGAGCUGGCCCCCCGGCUGGGCACCCGGAAGCUGAACCGCCACGAGUGGGUGAGCAUCCGGCGGCGGAUGGGCAGGCCGCGCCGCUGCUCGGCCAACUUCUUCAACGAGGAGCGGCGGGAGCUGGACAGGAAACGCCAGCUGAUCCGCACGCUGCAGUCGCGCAAGCCGGGCGAGUUCAAGGACUCGAUGCUGCUGUCGGACAUGCCGGACAAGAUCCCGAUGCCGCUGCCGCUGGGCACCAAGGUCACGGCCCGACUGCGCACUCCGCAGGACGGCAUCUUCGCGGGCACGGUGGCCGCCUACGACUCCCUGAACGCCACGUACCGGGUGACCUUCGAGCGGCCCGGCCUGGGCACUCACGCCAUACCGGACUACGAGAUCGUGUCGGAGAACUUCCACGAGAUGCUGCCGCUGCACAGCUUCACCAAGGACUUCCGGCCCAACCUGAUGAGCAUAUAUCAGACCACCAACCUGGGCUAUCCGUCCCACCUAGCCAGUCCCUACAUGGUCAAGAAGGAGAAGGGGCAGCAGGCGUUACUGGGCGGAGGCAGUGGCCAGGCGGGGGGCAACGGGUACGCGAGCCCGCAUAAGCUGGCCAGUAGCAACGCGGCGGCCAGGAACGCCCUGAGCAUGAAGCUGAACAAGAGCGAUCCGCUGCUGGGGCAGGAUUCCAUCAGCGAGAGUCCCAUCCGGCAGCAGCUGGCCCGGUACCACCACAACUACUCCAGCCAGCUGCUGGAGCACCUGGUGCACCUGGAGAAGCACAUCCAGGUGAAGGCCGAGCGCAUCCAGCGACUGAACAAGAUGAACGCCACGGCGGAGCUGGCCAUGGGCGAGAUGAUGAGCCAGGACGAGAACGGCGACCGCCAUCGCCGCCAGAUCGCCGACAACUUCCAGCGGCAGUACGCCUUCAACAUCGUCUCCAUCGAGCGCAUCAACGCGGAGCUAAUGUUCGAGCUGACCAAGGUCCAGGAGCUGUCCUCCAGCCUCACCCGGAACCCGAAUGUCCAGGCCAUGAUCUCGCCCACUUACCUGCGGGAGGAGUGCCGCGCCAAGGCCGCAUACACAGUCGACGACAUGAACAAGGGCAUGGUGAAGAAUCCCCGGAUGAUCGCGCUCCUCAAGAACCUGACCACGCUGCUGAUCGUCACCCAGAGCCUGGGCGGGGACUGCGACGCCGCGGAGGUCAACAAGGUGCUGGAGGGCUGCAUCGAGGAGGUGCGCUCGAAUCUCGUCACGCUGGAAAACACCGACGUGUUCCAGAAGAGCGUCCAGAUGCGGCUCGAGUUCAUCGCCAUGGACGUCACCCGGAGCCUGGCGGAGCAGACCAUGACUCGCCUGCAGGAGGAGGUGGAGGCGGAGGAGGCUGGGGAGACGGCCGACGGGGAAAAGUCACCCAAGAGUCCCAAGUACGAGGACGAAGCCCAGGAUGGUGGAUCUCCGAAGACCCCGGCCCGGAAGACGAAGGGGAAGGAUCUGAAAGGUCAGAAAUCGCCAAAGAUGGCGAGGCUGCAGAAGCUGCUGCUGUCCCCGGAGGAAGACGUAGACGAAAAGAAGGAGGCCAGCCCCAAGAGCUCCAAGCCCGCCGUCGCAUCCACGCCGGUAAAGAACCAAGCCAUGGACACGGAAGACGAGGAGAAGCUGGAUGAGGAGAAGCUGGAAGAGGAGAAGCUGGACGACGACAAGUCCCAGGGCAUGGAGGACCUGCAGGAGCUGCACGAUUUGCAGGAGCACAUCGAGGAGGAGAUCGAGGACACCGAGGAGCAUCACCUGGACCCCGAGGAGGAGGCUCGCUCCCCCAACCAGGCCACCGACGACACCCAGAUCACCAUCGAAUCGAUGAAGGAGUCGGACGAGGAGUUCCAUACGGAGGAGGAGGACGAGGAGGAGAUGAUCGGCCUGGAGCAGCUGAAGACGGACGACGAGGACAUGGAGGAGGAGUUCCUCUACGAGAAGAAGAGUUCGGAGGGAACAGUAAGUUAACAGUUGUACCCCAAUCGUUGCAAUAAAGCGUGUAACAAAUUAGCCAAGUCUUUGAUUCUCGUCCUGCCGCAGGACCUGCCUCCCAUCUGACCUUUCUCUAGAAGAAUAGCGGAGAGUACCAUAAUCUGUAACACUAUCUCUAAAAUCUAAGCGAGAGUCUUUAAAUAAAUGCAAUAAACUAAAUAGCAA